UGUCUGCAUCGCUCCCAGGUUUCGCAGGCAACUGCAUGGGCUGCGGCGAGAAGGGAUUCCGCUACUUCACCGAGUUCUCCAACCACAUCAACCUGAAGCUCGCCACGCAGCCCAAGAAGCAGAAGCACUUGAAGUACUACCUCCUACGCAACGCACAGGGCCUGCUGGUCAAGGGGCCGCUCAUCUGCUGGAAGGGAAUAGAUGGCCGUGUGAGGCCGACGGGUCCAAGCGGAGGAGAGGAGCACCUGAGUGGACCCCCCCCCACGGAGAUGCGGGCCGCCCCAGGUCACACUGCCCUCAGCACGGCCAACGGCCCAGAUCCGGUCGCCCCACUGCAUGUGCCAGAGAACCCCCAUAUUCUGACCAACGGGAGUCACUGCCCGCCGGCCCAGCAGCCUUUGCAGCAGCCUGGUGUGGCGCCACACGGCAGACCGUCUGUAAUAGGUACGAUCACAAACGCAGGCCCCCCUAAGAAGAGGCAUAAGGGGUGGUCACCUGAGUCUUCAUCGACCGCCGACGCCACCGCCAAGGCCAUCUCCACCGCCGCCAACGGCACCCGAUCAGACAAUGGAGCCCCGGUGAGUCUGUCCCAGGGGUCCUCGCCGCCCCUUCCUCCGGGGGAGUCCGUCACAGUGCCUGACUGCCUGGUCCAAACGUGCAAAUUCCAGCCUGUCAUCUUCAGAGGUCACGGGAACCUGCCGGUUCUGUGUGGGAACACGGCGGAGGUGCUGGUGAGCCCGCUGCUGCAGGCCUGCUACAGGAACUCUCAGGCUCUGCCCCGGGUCUACGAGCAGUACGGAGCCACACCCAUCCAGCCCCUCUCCAACGAGAUGCAGAUCCUACUCACCGUCUACUACCUGGUGCAGCUAGGCCCAGACCAGAUGCCCCUGAUUGAGGACCUGGAGCAGAUCUUCAUUCGCUCGUGGCGCGAGUCCCACCUCACGGAGGUCCGUCAGUACCAGCAGACCCACCCGCAGGUCCCCGUCCCGCUGCCAGGCGGCCUGGCCCAGCCCCUCACCCCGUCCCAGCUGCCCUGGCUGGCCAAGCUGGCGGCCAGCUCCUGCGGAGACGGCGUGCUGGUGCUGGACUCGGCCUCCUCGCUGGCGGAGGGCCUGGAGGACACGUUCCAGAGGCUGGUGGACGGCAAGCUGGCCCAGACCAACUACGUGGUCAUCAUCUGCACGGGGCAGAGCCAGGACAUCGAGUCCUGCGUGGUGGUCACAGGCAAACACCAGACCAGAGCUCUGGCAGAGAGCAUGCUGUCCCCCGGCGACAGCCUGAAGGAGAUCAGCUAUGAGGUCUACUCCGGGAUGACCACAGACCUCAAGGCGUGCUUCAACUCGCUGGGACCCGAUGGGGACAUGGAGAGUCUGCUGGAGAAGACCAGUGUGGAGAGCUGCAGCCGGGACUCAGUCGGAGACAGCCCCAAACCCACAUGCACAGAGUACCAUGUGGAGUGGCACGAGAUCCGUGCGGUCCAGCUGGCCGUGGCGCGGAAGCUGCUGUCUCAGGUGUGUGCCAUCGCCGACUCCAGCACCCAGAACCUGGACCUCGGUUCCUUCGACAAGGUGGAGUUCCUCAUCUGCAUUCCGCCCUCCGAGGUCACGUUCCAGCAGAUCAUCCUCCACCUGUGGAGCUCAGGUGUGCUGCACGAGUUGGGUCUGGACCACGACUGCCUGUCCCUGAAGCAGGCGGAGCAGUACGUGGUGAAACUGGACCAGGAGGCCGUGGGCAAGAUCGACAGCCUCAUCCAGAAGUCGAAGAUGAACCCGUACACCCUGUACAUCCUGGUGCAUGACCACGCCCACUGGGAUCUCAGCAGCUCCCACCACAGCGGGGGAGGUUCUCGUGAGGGACUGGUGGACAGCCUGCUGAACUGCCGUCAGAUCCGCGACGCCCCCAACAUCCUGACGCUUCACGUCACCUCGUUCCCCUUCGCCCUGCAGACCCAGUACACUCGCAUCAGCCCUUACAACGAGGUCCACUGGCCCUCCACGGUCAACAACGAUAUGGACCUGUACAAUGAGAAGACCAAGUACUUUGGCAUCUCUGAGCUGCUGGAGUCCACACACACCGGAGCAGGGCUGCCCCUCUUGCGCUUCGACAGCUCCUUCGAGAACAUGGCCUCCGCUGUGGAGGAGAGGUUUCCCAAACUGCACAGCACAGUGAUCCGCACCCACAUCCUCAUCCAGCAUUAUUCCGUGGCCCUGAUGGUGGCCGCGGGCCAGUCACACCUGCAGAAGCACACCUCCGUGGAGACGCUGGAGAUCGUCCAAUGCCUGCUCAGCUCCACCCAGCGUUGCCCCAGCAACCACGGUCACAUGGUCAUGCUGCGCGUGCCGUCCCAGGCGCUGGCGCUGGUCACCCAGCAGCGGCUCGCUCACGUCCGGGACAAACUGGGCCUCCAGAACCAGUUCGACGUCAUCCUGGGCAGCCCCAGCGCCGCCCUCUCCCUGGGGAAGCACUUCCUGGAACAGCUCAAGGUGUGGAUGAAGAUCCAGGACCCUGACUGGACCCCGCGGACCUACCUGGAGCUGGAGGCGCUCCCCUGCAUCCUCAUCCUCACGGGCAUGGACCCCCUGGGGGAGUCACUGCCACGGUCUCUGAAGUACUGUGACCUGCGUGUGGUCAGUUCAGCGUACCUGCAGCGAACUCCGCUGGAGCAGGAGCUGGGUCUCGCGGCGUACCUGGUGAAGGUCGGGGCCCGUGACCCCCGCGACCCCCGCGACCCCCGCGACCCCCGUGACCCCCGCGCCCCCACCACCGGCAGCGACCUGUCCGAGAGCGACGCCGAGAAACUCAGCAGCACCGACAACGAGGAGGAGGAGGUGGUGGUGGACGUAAAAAGUGACCUCCCUGGUUUGGAUCCGUCUGCCCCUGCCACCUCCCAGCAAUCCCAGUCCGAGGCCUCCGCCCGGGACCCCGACAAGCCCCAGACCCACCCUCCGCCCCAGCCCGUCCCCGACCCCAGAGACCCCAGUCGGGCGGCCCACCCCUCCGCAGGAGGAGACCCCGCCGGCACCGCCCCCCGGAGGCCUAAGUCCAAGUCGACGUCCUCCGGCUCGUCCUCCACCACCCGCGCCACCUCCGCGCCGCGCCAGCGCUGCUCCUGGGCUCGGAACCUGAAGCGGCCGCCGGUGGUGCUCCUGCCGCGGGCCGCCUACGAGGUCCUGACGGCGCUGGACUCCAGCGGGCUGCCCAAGAGCACCUCGCUGCUGCCGCACCUGUCCGUGGAGUGGGCCAGCUGCUUCCGCCCGCUGCUCAGCAAGAUCAUGACGUGCACGGAGCAGUCGCUCUACUACCGCCAGUGGACCGUGCCCAAGCCCAGCCACAUGGACAGCAGCAACCGCGCCGAGGGACGGGCCGAGGGACGCGCCGAGGGACGCUCCGAUAACUUCCACCCCCGCAGACUGCUCCUCAGCGGGCCCCCACAGGUGGGGAAGACAGGAGCGUACCUGCAGUUCCUGGGCAUCCUGUCCCGCAUGCUGAUCAGACUGAUGGAGGUGGACAUCUAUGAUGAGGAGGACAUCAACUGCAGUGAGAAGCUGCCGCUGGUGCAGUACCACCAGGCUGGUGUGCCGUGGCCCAGCACAGACAUCCUGAGGGGCAUGACCUUCGACUACACCAUCCACGAGCCCAAAUACGAGGGCAUCAGCCCCAUCUACUCCCCAGACUUCACACCCUCAGAGGAAGGUAACCCCCGGCGACAGGAGGAUGUGUACCUGCGCAGACGCACGUCUCGCAUCAAGCUGUCCAAGUACGCCGCCUACAACACCUACCACCACUGCGAGCAGUGCCACCAGUACAUGGGCUUCAACCCGCGCUACCAGCUCUAUGAGUCCACCUUGCACACGUUCACCUUCUCACACCUGCUGCUGGGCGAGGAGAUUCAGCUCUACUUCAUCAUCCCUAAGUCCAAAGAGCACCACUUUGCCUUCAGCCAACCAGGAGGCCAGCUGGAGAGCCUGAGGCUGCCGCUCGCCUCGGACUGGAACCCUGACUGCAUCAAGAGCCCUAUCUUCACCCCCACCACGGGCCGCCAUGAGCACGGCCUGUUUAACCUCUACCACGCCAUGGACGGAGCCUCGCACCUCCACAUCCUGGUCAUCAAGGAGUACGAGAUGGCCGUCUACAAGAAGUACUGGCCCAACCACAUCAUGCUGGUGCUGCCCACCACCUUCAACGGAGCAGGGAUCGGCGCGGCCCACUUCUUGAUCAAGGAGCUGUCCUACCACAACAUGGAGCUGGAGAGGAGUCGGCGCGUGGAGCACGGCAGUCGACCGCCGGACGUCUGGCCCUUCGUCAUCCUCGCCGACGACUCCUGCGUCAUGUGGAACGCCCUGGACGUCGACCCCAAGAGUGGCAGUAUGGGCACAGAGAGGAACGUGUCCCUUAAGCAGGUGCUUCAGCACAUGGAGUCAUCCGCCGACAUCACACAGUAUGGCCUGUGCGGACUCAGGAAGUGGUCCAGUCGCCACGGCAACCAGACGGGGCGGCACCGCGAGCCCUUCUCACGCGGACACCUGCACGACUUCCUGCUGCUGAACGUGGACCUGACGCAGGACGUCCAGUACAACCAGAACCGAUUCACGUGUGACGAUGUGGACUUCAACCUGCGGGCUCACAGCGCCGGGCUCCUCGUCUGUCGCUUCAACAACUUCAGCGUCAUGAAGAAACUGAUCACCAUCGGAGGAUAUCGCACCUUCAUCGUCAAGACCAAGAUGACGGACGUUCCGACCACGGUGCAGCCGUCUCAGUACAUCUGCGCCCCGGACAGCAAGCACACCUUCCUGUCCACCCCCGCCCAGCUGCUGCUGGAGAAGUACCUGCAGCACACCAGCCACAAGCUCUUCCCCCUCAGCGCCCGCAGCUACAGCCACCCCGUGCUGUCUGUGGACUGCUACCUCAACCUGGGUCCAGAGGUGACGGUGUGUUUCGUGAGCUCCAGGCCCCACUCCAUGAACUUGAGCACCGCAGGUCUGCUGUUCGGUGGCCUCCUGCUCUACUUCUGCGACUCCUUCGUUACGCCCGGUUUCCUCAAGAAGUUCCACUUUCUCAAAGGGGCCACCCUGUGCGUGAUCUGCCCCAAUCGCAGCUCCCUGCGUCAGACGGUGGUGCGUCUGGAGCUGGAGGACGAGUGGAGGUUCCGCCUGAGCGACGAGUUCCAGACGGCCAACGCCAAAGAGGACCAGCCUCUCUUCUUCCUCACCGGCAAACACAUCUAAACCCCUCCCUCCCCUCCCCUCACCUAACCCCC